GAGCCCAACACUUGCAUCCGAGGCUGCUGCUCGAGCAAGUCAAUCCCCCUCCAUCUCCCUCCCUCUUCCUUCUCCCUCCUCUCCCCUGUCGCUAAAGGUUCUGAAAGCACCGUCUACGACGCGAGGCUCGAUGGGCGGAGAGUCGCCGUCAAAAAACCUGUCCUUUCCACUUCCGACGACCUCGACAGGUUCCACAGAGAACUUCAACUGUGGUGUGGAUCAUCCUGGAUUGGCUAAGUUGGUUGCUGCUCAUGCGAGGCCUCCAAAUUAUUUGUUUUUCUUUGAGUUUUAUGAGAGGGGGAAUUUGGCGGAGAGAUUGCAUGUUGAGGAGUGGAGCCCUGAGAUUGAUGAAGCACUCGUGAUUGCUUAUGAGCUCGAUAUUUGUAUGGCUAUUCUCUUGGAAUUUUCGAUAAUUCUACACUCCCGAUAUACGACAGAAGAUUCCUUUCCCUUGGAUGCAAAGACUCUGCAGUAUCUGCACAACCUUGGUAUAGUACAUAGGGAUAUAAAACCUGCAAACAUUCUUCUUGAUGGGGGCCUUCACCCUCACUUAGCAGAUUUUGGUUUAGCUACACAUAAGAAAGAUCUUAAAUACAUCUCACUUGAAAAUUGGAGAUCAUCUGGCAAGCCAACUGGUGGUUUUCACAAAAGAAAUAUGGUAGGGACUCUCAUUUAUAUGGCGCCAGAAAUUCUGAGAAAGGACAUCCAUACAGAAAAAUCUGAUGUCUAUAGUUUUGCUGUUUCCAUCAAUGAGCUUCUGACUGGUGUUGUACCUUAUACUGACCUACGUGCAGAAGUACAGGCACAUACUGUGCUUGAAAUGAGCUAUACUGAGCAACAACUUACAGCAGCAGUAGUAUCAGAAGGUCUGAGGCCUGUUCUUUCUCAUCCUGACACUGAUGCACCAUCAAGUCUUCUCUUACUCAUUCAAAGAUGUUGGGAUCCAAAUCCUCUACUUAGGCCUUCUUUUGAUGAAAUUGUUGAAGAGCUAAGUAUAAUCAUCAAGCAUGUGGGAAAGAUAAGGCGUAAUGGGAAAAUUUCAGGAACCCCAUCUCCUCAAAACAAUCUUAAGGAACCUGUGAACUAUCAAGAAGAUUUGAACUGGUUCAAUCAAGGGGAACAGCUAUCAAAGAAACUUUCACAUGAAGCAGAAGCAAAAGUCAAACUCUGGCCCAAUUCUCAACACGAUUCUCUUUAUUACCAUCCUACUUUAUCAUGGGGAUCUUUUGCAACGUCAGGAAGAAGGGAGACUAUGGAAGAUACAUACUUUUUGCUUCCACAGCUUUGCAACAAGAAAGAUAUUCAUGUUUUUGGGAUUUUUGAUGGCCAUCGAGGUGCAGCAGCUGCAGAAUUCUCCGCUCGAGCAUUGCCAGGAUUUCUGCAAACUUUUGGUUCUACUUGUCAGUCCAUCAGACGCACUUGUAGAGGCAUUCUUGAAGACUGAUGUUGCCUUCAGAAAUGAAUUGAUGUUUCAUCGUAACUCCAAAAGAAUUACUCACAAAGAUUCACAUCCUGGGUGUACUGCGGUUGCUGCAUUAAUAGUCAGAGAUAAGCUAUUUGUUGCAAAUGCUGGUGAUUGUA